UCUCUCCAUAUUGGGGAGACACUAUCAAGCUGCGUUACAGGUGGCUCUGCACAUCAUGGGAAUAAUCAUUUUGCUGUUUGGGUUUUUGGUCCUGGUUGAUCCAGGCAAUGCUCUUAGCUGCUACAACUGUACGAGUGAGAAAGGAUGUAAAGGAAAAGAAGUGACCUGCCCAGGGAAAAAUGACACCUGUAGCACAUCAGUCCUCACAAUAUCUGCCUUUCCCCUUUCCUAUAGGAGUGUCUUUAAGUCCUGUCUAAAUACACCAAGACCCUCAAGAGCAUCUUUUUUUACCCCGAGUCGAACAGUGAGAUUUUCCCUGCAGGAGACGACAUGCAGCUCGGACCUCUGCAACAAUCAGACCAAAUUCGAUUUUGUGGAGAAAAUAAAUGAUCUCAACUGCUUCAGUUGCAUAUCACCUGGGAAGUCCUGUGACAGUGAUAUGAUGAGGAAACUGCAGUGCCGCAAAGAGCAGAAACAGUGUGUGGAUUUGAGAAUUAAAGGGACAUUGGGUGACAUUUCAGACACCAGUCUAAAGGGAUGUGGCUAUUUCCCAGCGUGCAAUGGAGACCUUCUCUUCUCUAACCAAAAAACCUCUCUGUCGGUAAAGUGCUGUGGAGACAACUUUUGUAACAGCCAGACAGAUUACCCAACUCCAAAGAAAUUGCCCAAUGGAAAACAAUGUUAUAGCUGUCAGACAGACGAUGGCAAAAAGUGUUCCGCAGAAAAUUCCCAGAAGACCAAGUGCUAUGGAGAUCUCACCUCCUGCGUGGAAAUGGCAGGCUUGAGUAUGCAAGGUGGGACACCGAAAGUUAUGAUUUUAAAGGGAUGUGCCAACCCUUCUAUGUGCAAGAGCACAGCCCUGCCUCUCCUACAGAAGUUAAACAAUGCCACUGUACAGUGCUGCAAUGAUAAUCUUUGUAACAAAAAAUUUACAGAGGACAAUUUCCUUACAGAUGGAAAUCCCCCUAUUAAACCUACACCAACCAGUAUCCCUCCCAGCACACCAACAGCUACUUUACCAGAUAUGAAUUUUAGUAAUAGUAGCAUGAACAAUAGCAUUUAUUCUACCAGUUCCCCUAUACAGAAUCCAGGGAUUUCCAGCAACAAUUCAGGUCUUGUUGGCAACAGCACAUUGAAUAACACAAGCCUAACCACCCAAAAUAAUACAAGUGUCCAAAGCAGCCCCUUGCCUACAGGUAAUGAUACUACUGUUAAUGGCACAAACAAUGCUUUACCAGGGGGCAACAAUUCAGGGAAUGGCAGUGCAACUGUUGGAAAUGCCAGUGCCCCUAUUACCUCAUUCCCAGUAACUAACACCAGUGCAGGAAACACCAGUGCUUCCAAUCAGACGCUACCAGGUUUGAGCAAUGCCGGUGUGUCCAACACUUCUGUGAAUGGAAGCAGUAAUGCUAGUAAUGCUAGUAAUGCUAGUAAUGCAGGCAAUGCCAGUGUCCCUACUGUUUCCUCACCCACAGUACUUAACGCUGGUGGGGGUAACGGCAGUACCUGUAACAAUAGCGCAUGUAGUGUGAUUGUGCCUGUCAACAGCAGUGCAACUGGUAACAUGUCAUCUGGAGCCAACAAUGUAGGGAAUGGAAGUAAUAAUACCAGUAAUUUAGGAAAUUCUAGUCACUCUAAUACAUCAUCCUCUUUAUCUAAUAGUGGGGCUGUCAAUAAUAGUACAGCUAAUAUCCCAGGUAGCAAUGGCACUGCAAGUGGCCUAAAUCAAUCAGGACCAGGAAUCACUGGUGGUGGGGGAGUUCUUAAUGGAUCCAACGCUUCAUCUAAUGGAAGUAGUUCUACAGGUAAUGUCAAUGGUUCAAUGGGCAAUUCUACAAAUACAAAUGUAAAUAAUGGAUCUGUGACAUCCAUCACUGGAGCUGGUAAUGGCAGCAGUGUGAAUGAUUCAGGUAUCAUCGGUAGUGUAUCAAACCCAGUUCAGUCUCCCCCUGGGUCCAGCAAUGGCAGUAGCCCUGGUUCUUCUUCCACAGGCAAUGCGACAAGUACAAAUGUUAAUAAUGGCGCUGGUAAUGGCAGCAGUGUGAAUGGUUCCAGCAAUGGCAGUAGCCCCGGUUUAUCUUCAACGGGCAAUUCUACAAGUACAAAUGUUAAUAAUGGCGCUGGUAAUGGCAGCAGUGUGAAUGGCUCCAGCACUGGCAGUAGCCCUGGUUCUUCUUCCACGGGCAAUUCUACAAGUACAAAUGUUAAUAAUGGAGCUGGUAAUGGCAGCAGUGUGAAUGGCUCCAGCAAUGGCAGUAGCCCUGGUUCUUCUUCCACGGGCAAUGCGACAAGUACAAAUGUUAAUAAUGGCACUGGUAAUGGCAGCAGUGUGAAUGGCUCCAGCAAUGGCAGUAGCCCUGGUUCUUCUUCCACGGGCAAUGCUACAAAUACAAAUGUUAAUAAUAGCGCUGGUAAUGGCAGCAGUGUGAAUGGCUCCAGCAAUGGCAGUAGCCCUGGUUCUUCUUCCACGGGCAAUGCUACAAGUACAAAUGUUAAUAAUGGUGCUGGUAAUGGCAGCAGUGUGAAUGGCUCCAGCAAUGGCAGUAGCCCUGAUUCUUCUUCCACGGGCAAUUCUACAAGUACAAAUGUUAAUAAUGGCGCUGGUAAUGGCAGCAGUGUGAAUGGCUCCAGCAAUGGCACUAUCCCCGGUUUAUCUUCAACGGGCAAUUCUACAAGUACAAAUGUAAAUAAUGGAUCUGUGACAUCCAUCACUGGAGCUGGUAAUGGAAGCAGUGUGAAUGAUUCUGGUAUCAUCGGUAGUGUAUCAAACCCAGUUCAGUCUCCCCCUGGGUCCAGCAAUGGCAGUAGCCCUGGUUCUUCUUCCACAGGCAAUUCUACAAGUACAAAUGUUAAUAAUGGCGCUGGUAAUGGCAGCAGUGUGAAUGGUUCCAGCAAUGGCAGUAGCCCUGGUUCUUCUUCCACGGGCAAUAUUACAAAUACAAAUGUUGAUGGCCCUAGGAACAAUACGGCAAGUACAACUUCAGAGGGUCUCACUACUGGAUUUGUCACUGGAGGUUCCUCAAAUGUCAACACAACUGAUGUUCCCAAAAUUGAUAACCAGACAACAAACGGCAAAGGUGAUACAUUUACUACCAGUAUAUUUAUCCUUAUGACUGCCAUGCUGCUUAAUGUUCUGAACAGCUUGUGAAGAACCUUCUGUCUCUGAACCCUAAUGUAAAUUAUUAGCUAUGUGACCUGGCUCUGUAGGUCUUAUCCUGUUUUAAGUUAUUGAUGACCGAUUUGUAAAUAAAAUGACCUCUUACAAUAAA